UUAGGAAGAUGUAUUUUUAAAAACUGCAUCCGGGUUCUUUGAAGCUUCUCCGGAAUCAUUUUGAUUACUGACACGAUGUUUCAAAGUGGAACGAAAAGAGGAUUAGGCCUCAGUGAUGGCCCAGAUGCUUGGAAUAGUGGUGAGGAGCAGAGUAAUAGUGGAGAUGCAAGUGAUCGCAAAAAGAAGAGGAGAAGUCGUUGGAACACUGAUGAAGACAAGAUUAUUAUACCUGGCAUGCCUACUGUUAUCCCGGCUAACCUCUCUGAAUUACAACAGCGACAAUAUGUUGUUCAUCUUCAAAUUGAGGAAAUUACCCGUAAGCUGAGAACAGGAGAUCUUGGAAUUCCUGCUAAUCCUGAGCAAAGAUCUCCAUCUCCUGAACCCAUUUACAACAACGAGGGCAAAAGGUUAAACACACGGGAAUACAGGACCAGAAAGAAGCUGGAAGAAGAAAGGCACAAACUUAUUCAAGAGGCAAUCAAACUCAAUCCAGAGUUUAAACCCCCUAGUGAUUAUAAACCUCCUGUUAUACGUGUGAGUGAUAAAGUAAUGAUACCUCAAGAAGAACAUCCAGAUAUUAACUUUGUUGGACUAUUGAUAGGACCAAGAGGAAACACUUUAAAAACACUGGAAAAGGAUACAGGUGCAAAAAUUAUCAUUAGAGGCAAAGGUUCAGUUAAAGAUGGUAAAAUUGGGCGUAAAGAUGGGCAACCAUUGCCAGGUGAAGAUGAGCCUUUGCAUGCCUAUGUAACAGCUAAUAAUCCUGAAAACGUGAAGAAAGCUGUUGAAAAGAUCAAAGAUAUAAUCAAACAAGGAAUUGAAGUUCCUGAAGGCCAAAAUGAUUUGCGUAGACAGCAGCUAAGAGAACUUGCACUUCUUAAUGGAACUUUGCGCGAGAAUGAUGGGCUUGCCAAAUUACGUCAGCUGGCAGAAUGUCAAACUAUAGUUACAAACACCAUUAUCUGCACUGUGUGUGGUGGAACUGGUCACAUAGCACAGGAUUGUAAACAGAAAAGACCUGGUGACACAUUCCGCAUGCAACAAAUGCAGAAUCCUGCUGAUAGAGCUAAAAUGGAUAGUGAGUACAUGUCUCUGAUGGCUGAGCUUGGAGAAGGACCACCACCACCAAAAGUUGAAACAACUAGUUCUAACCAGUCAAACUUUGGGAGGCCGUUGUUGGCCAAUCCUCCCCCUAACCCAAUGGCUAUGAACUCACCUUGGCAGAUGAAUCGACCACUCAUGGGUCCGGCUAGUCAGGCGCCACCCCUAUUAAGCCGACCACCUAUGGGCAUGCAGAACUCUCCACAAAUCAACCCACUUGGUCGCCUGCCUGUGCCACUCAUGUCCACACCCAUGCAGCCCCCGCCUGGCAUGCAGGCACCACCUAGCCUGUUGUCAUCAUCUAGCCAACAGCAGCAGCAACAGAUGAUGGGUGGCAUGGGUAACAUGUCCCAGAUGCAACAACAGCAGGGUUCAAACAUGAUGAGGCCUUGGCAGCAACAGUCUCAGCAAAUGGGGCCUCAAGUUAAUCAACAGAUGAUGUCUAUGAAUAACCAGAUGAAUAGUAAUUCUGGCUCUAUGGCUAUGCCACCUCCACCUCCAUCGUUGCUUGCACCACCACCUCCACCACCUUCAAGCAAUCAGAAUCAAACAACACCUCCCUGGAUGCAACAAGCUCAUGCAGGUCUACAGGCCCAGCAGCCGCCACCCCCACCUGUGUCGUCACCCACAGCGCCCUGGCAGCAGCAGGCACCACAGAUGACACCACCUCCACCUCCUGUGUCCCUGGCACCAUGGCAGCAGCCCCCACCCCCACCAGCCAUGUCUGCUCCUCCACCCCCCAGCCCUGUCCAGCCGCCAUCACUGGCGGUCCCUCCACCUCCCCCACAGUCCAGCCCCAGCCAACAGAUGCAGUACAACAGUUUUGCACCUCCUCCGCCACCACCCAUGAGCUACAACAACCAGCGGAUGGGUGGAAUAACCCCCUUGAUGAUGGCAGGCCCACCACCACCUCCACCACCCAGCUAGUCGUAGUUGAAUGUAUGAGUCAGUCGGUAACGAGAAAGUUGUAAUUAUGUACAUUGCUAGGCUGUUAUCUCUGCAUCAGCUCAUGGGUGGGACUGAUUUAGGAGAACACUUGAAAUUGUACUUGUCUAACCAGGGCAUUUUCCUAAUCAGUCCCAACGUAUGGUUUUAACUGAAUGUCUGGGGACUUGUGUGCUUACUCAAGUUGCAGUGCUACUUUAUUUUGGUUCAUCUGCCUUCUAGAUAUGUAUAAACAUAACAGAACUAUUAAGGGCUAUGGUCCAGUAAAAGUUAAUUAGCCAGUUUGAAACAUUGCUGCUGUAUUUUGUGGAAGAAAUAAUUUCUUUGAUUGUAAUGAAAUUGUUGAUGUAAAUGAGUUAUUCAGAUAAUAUUGUCAGAUGAAUCACUGGUUCAAGCAGAAAAUAAAACUGUAAUCAUU